AUGUUCCAGACGCCACUGCGGUCGCCUGCGACCGAACCACCUCAACAACUGUCGGAUCGCCCGAAAUCCGAUGUACGUGUACCUAUUGUUUGUUAGUUUUUUCUUUUUAUUAAGUGACAUUUAAACUGUGCGUGCCGUGCAUAAUGCCGUAUAACGUCAGACAACAUAUGGAAAUCUAUGCCAUAACGAUGAGGCUGUGAACGCGCAUACGCUUCAAUAAUACAACGUACACUCAGCAAACGGUCAAAGGUUGGUGACAUUUUCGAAUAACAUCUACUUGAAAAUUGAACUUGCUCGAGAUUAACCCAGUUAUUAUGAUUUACGCGUAGUGUCGUGUCUAAUCUAAUUAUUCGCAAACUGUCAGUAGUAGCCACUAAUUUUUUAAUCCAAUAUUCCAAUCAGUUUUGAGAAUGAACACCUACAUGCUAUUACUAUGACUGCGAUGAUGCUAUAAUCUCUCCGAAGAAAACUUGCGUUUUUACUGUUUUGAGUAAUAAUUAUCAAUUGGUAUGUGUCUUUUAAAUUUGAUUUACUUUAAACGUUUAUCUAUCCGAGUGCCUACAUGUUCAGUUAAAUUUUUUAUUACUUUUUUUUCUUCAAUUAAACCAUUUAAUUCAAAUACUUAUGCGAUAAACAAUAAUUAUUCAAUCAUAGAUAUAACAAUAAUCAAUUACCUACUCAAUUAUAUUUUUUAUUGAUCAAUUAGGCUCAAACUGAUAAGAAAAUGUUGACUCAUUCAGUUUUAUUAAAUUUUUAUUUUUUAUUUGCAAACAAAACUUUGCUAUUCAGUUUACACAAGUAUAAUGUUAUAAUUAUAAUUGUACCUAUAGCUAAUCAAAUUGUUUAAUUUUAAAAGUAGCAAGUUAUAUUUCAAGUGCUUUUGUUUUUACCACAUAACUAUAAUUUAUUUAUGUAGCCAAAUGUGUGCAAUUUGAUGAAGAAUUUUAAUUCAUCGAUAUUGGUAUGAAUAUUUAAUAUUUAAUAAUUAGGUUCUAAAUUUAUUUUGUUCCAUAGUGAAUAAUAAUAAUAAUUCCAGUAGAAAAUGGAUUUCCCAUAGCAUUGAUGUGUCUAAUGAAUACUACCUGCUCUCUAUUUUAGUUGUUUUAAUUGCAAGUUAGAAACUAAUAAUAAUGUUGUAAUUAACAUAUUUUGUUUUAAUCUGAAUAUAAUAUUUGUUCGAAUAGGUAUUUGUCUAAUUCAAAAGUAUUUUCACUAGAGAAAAUUACAUUAUAUUUCCAUUCUUCUAAUUAGAUAAUAACUAGUUAUAGUAUUUCUAUUCAUUGAUCGGUCUUGUCUUAAAUCAAUACAAAUAUUUAUUCAGUUAUUAAAUAUUUGAUAAAAUACAUUUCACAAUGCAAUUUAUAAUUACUAUAAUUAUGGGUACCAAAUGAUGUACCUGCUCAGUUUAAUAAAAUUAUUUAUUUAGUCAAAGUUAACGUAUGGCAUUUGUAUUCAAGGUUUUCAGCUAGCUAAUAAAAAAAAAAAAAAAACCUUAUUUUAUUGGAAAAUUCAUAAAUUAUUCGAUAUUUAGAUAAUGAAUAUAAUUUUUUUUUAGUUAUUAUUUUAAUAGAACAAAAUUACAUCAUUAAAAUAAAAUAGGUAGAGAUUUUUAUGUAAUUUCUUAUUGAAUGGAAAUUAAAUUUUAAAAAUUUUACUCUACGACUAGAGUCUAAGGUGACGUAAUUAAUGGCUGGUCGCAGCAGGUAAUUUUUGACUAAAACGUGUUUCGAGUAAUCAAAAAGAACUAGUUGCUUAAGUUAAUUUUAUUUAUAUAUACAUUUAAUGAAAAUACGAAUAAAGAAAGUAAUACAAAUUUACAGAAGUGGAAAACGCGCCAAUAGUGUCAGGUAUGAAACGAGUGAGGUAAUCGAAAUUGGAUUCGAAUUAAAUUUAACCGAAUCGACAUGUCCGAAUUCAUUUAUCGUAAGAUAAUCGAAUAACCUUUGUGGGGGAGGGAGGGAUUAUUUCUAGGAACACAAAGGUCGCAAUGUUUUUCGUGUCAUAAUGACGGUACGAUUUGUCGUAUCGAUAGCGCACAAUAAAUACCGCGGUGAUAUAGGUAGUAAACGCGGUGCACGAGAAUCGCGCGACAUUUGAUUUUCCGAAAUUGCCGCCCGUUCGUCAUUCGUCAAUCUCGCCGGCCGUCCGACAAUAUAAUAACACGAGCACGGGCCGUAGAACGGAAUUCUCAUGCCCGAACGUUGUCGACAUUCUUCUCAAAGGUCAAGUCCGUUUUUCAUUUCCAAGUAAGAGUCAGGUGUACACGUGUUCGGCCGAACAGAAACGAUAGAUUUUUGGCGGAUACCUAAAAUGCGAACGUGCAAAGACGUAAAUCCGGGCACGGUUCUGUUCGUAUCACUAAGAUGCGCGGUUUUUCUCGGAAAGGCCUCCGGACACGCGAUUGUUCACGGCCGUACGGAGAUACGGAUUUUUUUUUUCAUUUUUGCAACAAUUGAUAAUUUAAAAAAAAAAAAAAACGUCUAGAUUCCCAAUAGUUUUUCGGUAACAUUAAAAAUAAAAAACAAAAAAAAAAUGUCGAUAAAUCGGAUAAAUGUUUUCGUCGAUUUCUCUAUUGCCCGCGGCCGAAACACCGAUACAAUUCCGGUAAGAAUCGCGUUCAUUUCGCCGUGGCCUCUCCUACGCGUUUCAAACGAGGUUUCGAACUUUCCGCUUACCCACCGUAAACGGUCGUUCGCCCGUGCGGCUUUUUUUCAUACUCUGUCCGUGCGUUCCCGCGGGGUUUUUUUCGAAGACGCGGGCGAAAAUCGGAGUAUCGCUUCUUUUUUUCAAUAGCAGUGCACCGGUAGUACGCCAGAUCCCGGAAUACCGCGGUUCUCGUCACGAUUACCAGUGAUUUCCUGUUUACGAUUACUGAACACGCAUUUCGUACACACCAAUUUUUUUCCGUCGCUCUCUGGCGAAAAUCGACGUUGUUUUUUUUUUUGUUAAAAUACGUUAAACACGCGACAAAUCGGGUCGGUCGGGUUCUCCUCGAUGUCGUCGCGUAUGAAAUAGUGCCCCCCUCCUUAGGAUAAAAGGCGCGGCGUUGUAAUAACAUAAUAUUAGUACAUCGUUUAAAAAUAACUGCGGUGAAUCAUGUAUCGGUAUACUGUGUAAACAAUAAUAAUAACGAUUCGGAAGACGCCUAAACGACAUAUUAAACACAUUUCGUUAAGAGUGAACAAAAAAUAUGCAGAUAGGAACACUCGUGGCAAUAAAAAUAGGCACCUACACACUUGAAAAAAAAAAAACGAAGUUUUUCGUUAAAAUUUACAUACGUUACAGUUUUGUUUGUAUAAUAAAACGACGAGUAAGGUACUCGUGUACUACUGACAGUUUUAUAGAAAAAAAAAAAAGAAGAAAUAUGUGGUGUAUUAUCACGAGUGUGAUGGUAUUCGUUUUUUUUUUUUUUUUUUUACGCCGCUCAAAUCGAGAACGAUUGCCGUUUAAUAGCGACGUGAACACGUUCGUUUUUCGCGAUCCGUAUGGUUUUUGAGGUUGUGACGUCGACCUCGUUAUUAAAUUAUGUCCCGUUGUAAAUCUCGAUGUUUGAGGUUUCUAUUCGCGUGUUAUUAUCGCAUAAUCGUGAAUUAAAAAACAAAAAUAAAGUAGAACGAUCUGCGAAUUAUUCAUAUUGCGGGGAUCACGAUAUUAUUUUCUACCGCACUGGUGUAUUAUUACGAUAUUGUAUAAAUAAACAAUAUACGUGAUGAUUAUAAUAAUGUAACGUUUCCGUAGGUAUAUUUAAAAAAAAAACAUAGUUAAUUUCAGGGGGGGGGACGUAACCACCUUGAUCUCUGUCCGCCGCGCCGUAAUGCUGCGAAAAUGUAUUUUUAACAAUAUCUCAAUUAGAUAGUUUCUAACGUUUAGCGUGCGUUUGGGGACAAUAAACGAAACCAAACUUAUUAUUAUUACUUGACUUGAUGAUGAUAACACAUUAUAAACAACGGAAUACAAAUGAGGACGGAAAAAAAAACGCGAGUCAAUCUCGACGACCUUCGACGGCGUUUAAUCUGAAAAUGAGGAAACUACGACACGUUUGACAUGCGUAUUAUUUAGUUUUUUUUUUCUUCUUUUAAUUUUACCAUGACCAGUUCCUGUAUAUUCAGUCGCGAUACAUAUAGUCCGCAAUUAAACACGUUUCUAUGUGUAUGUGCAUAUAUUUUUUGUUAUCAAAUCGCGACCGAGGAAGAAGAGGCAUAAAUAACUAAUGUUUACGUCUUCAUUCCGGAGAGGGGAAAAAACAGUAAACAUGUGACGUAUUACAUUUUAGCAACUCAUCGGCAAUUGGAUUUUAGAUUCCGAGCGUACGGCGAAAAUGUCACUUAGAAGAGGAGUUGGAUAUGCGAUGAUAGAGUGCAGAGUGCUUUAAUUUUUAACAAUGCGAUAAACCUUCGCUAACGUAAAACGGUUCUGAGCAGCGUAUUGUUAGUCGUAUUUUUUCCUCUGAAAUUUUAUCUAGAAACCAACAAAAAUCAUACACGCGAUCGCCAUUCCCGUCUUUCCAUUAUCUUUCCCGUUCGCUAAGAAAAUUACGAGGAAAAUUUAAAAAAAAGCUUUUUUCAGUACACCAAUUAGAUCGAAAAAAUGCUACAAUCUCUGUACAAUUUUUGAUAGGGACAAGGUUGAACUGUUGAUUACAGACAAACGAUUUUGAAAUUAAAACACAUCGUAGUAAAACCAAUACAUAUUGUCCGGUUCAGUUUUGUUGAUUUUUGGAUUACUUCAUGAUUGCAAGAGAGAAAAAAAAUAUAUACCGCUCAGAAUCGAUUUAUCCUCGCGUUCAGUGUAACAUAAACUAAAUUAUCUCAUUUUACCUAAACCGCCUUCAACACCGCGGGUGUGGUGUGACGUUUGACAAUCGAAUUUAUAUAUUUUUUUUUAUUUUUUGUAAUAGGUACCACACGUUCGAGCGUGUCGAUGUAUAAUAGCGUGUUUUUUUUUUCGUCAAAUUUUAAUAAUUAUCAUAGACGAAAUUGCGCGUAUUGUUUGUGUUUUUUGGUUUGAAAUUUAACCGUAAAAUACGUGUACGUAUCUGUCUCCAAGUUAUGGUAAUUUUUAGUAUAAAUAUAUCGAAUAGUGUAUAGAUAAUCACUACGAGUUAAACAACAUCACAACAUACACUUAUAUUAUGGUAAUAUAUAAUAAUAAUAAAAAAAAAAAAAAAAAAAAAACAUAUUUCUAUAACGUCAUUUUAUAUGUAUAUGUAUUAUUUCCACUAGAAAAUAACAUAAUAUAAAUAUGUUUCGGUGCAGUUAUUAGUGAAAUUAUUUAUUAUUAUUGGUUUUUUUUUUUUUUUUUAAUCUCCGUUUCGGCCGUAUGGUUUUUUUCGCCCAUUGCUAAAAAAAAAAAAAAAGAACACUCAUAAACAUCUGGUCGAUGUCGAACCGUAUUAUAGCGCUGUGGCGGGUUUGCGGAUGCCAUUCGGAUAAUCAUAAUUAAUGUUAUUACUGUUAAAAUGUAAUUAUUACAGACGUGUGUUACUGCUAAAUGUAUGGGUAUAAUAUUGUCCUGCGAGCUCAUUGAUGUUGCACGUUUCUUUUGUGUUGAAAAUUCAAUUUCGACGCCAAAUAAUAUUCGACUAUAAUAGACGUGAGAUGGGAAUAUGUUAGAUUAUUUUUAUUUUCUUAUCUGUUCGCGACGACGAUGUAAUGUAUAGAAUUUAUAGAAAAAUUACUAACGUAGUAUUUAUUGCCCUCGAAGAUCUCCUUGUCUUUCAAUAAUGGUGCGCGAUCUGUCUUUGAAUUCUGAAUUUCUGCUUAAACGAUGUUUUGCGUUGUGACGAUUAAUUUGUCUAUGCUGCCCGUUAGUAAGACAACGUUUGGCGACUGUUGAAUAAUUGAGCUUUCAUUGAUCGGGGAAAUUACCACAUCAUUAGCUCCCAAUACGAUUGUUGACAAGUGAUAGUUUUCAAAAUAUAUUUCAAAUGAAAGCUGAAAAACUACUUAACAUUAAUCUAUUAUCGGAUGCAGUGUUGGAAUAUUGUCGGAAGCUAUCUAAUUAUAAUCCUAAUAAUAUGAAAGUUGUUUUUGGUUUUUUUUUUUUUUUAGUUUAUCUGGUUUAAAAUACAAUACAAUCGAAUUCAGAAUUAUAUUUCAUAUUUGUGCGUGUGAUACGCCUUGAAUAAAUUCCCAAAGGGAGGGUAUAAAUAUUUCGGCUACUUACCCACCCAAAAUUUGUGUGAAUAUUUUUUAUACUUAUUGCUAUAAGUAUGAAAAAACCGAUAAGGUUUUUAAUUUUUUUAUAUUGUAAUAUUUCGAUAGAAAAACAAAAACUUUUAUCUAUUUAAUUUAUGACUACACGUAUAAAACAUGUUAAUUGUUUGUUUUAAUAUACGUCGUGAUUUUUACGAUUUUUAUGGAUAUUUGAACCUCAAAUGCUUAUAUAUAAAAAAAAAAUUAAAUACGCUCGAUAUUUUUACUGCUAAGUAAUACUUAUGAUGAACCUCGUGUACAAUUUUCAAGCAUUUUUGUUCAUUCAAACCAAUUUUAAUCAAUAUAAAUUCAAAUAAAAUCUAAAAAUCUCGAAAAAUUCAAGUGCCAAUUAAUAGCUCAAAAUUUGUCAGAAUAUGUUUUAAAAACUAAAUCGAAAAUAACGGAAACCGUAAUAUUAUUGCGUAAAUUUACCCGGGUUUUCCCAAUUAUUUAAAAAAUUAUCUCAAUGUAACCAAAAUGUGCCUUAAAAAAGAUACUAUCACUUGACGAUAGAUAGAUAGGAGCAAGAAAUUUAUAUGAAAACUUAUUGUUUUUUUUUUCUAUGCUUAUGGCCAUAAAUUGAAUAGACGCUUGACAAAUAAACCAACAGUUUUCACUCUUUAAUUAAAUAUUAAAAAGUCUCAUAUUCUUAAUUUUUGACACGGAAAAAAUAAAACAUAACAAUAUCACAGUCUUUACUUUUCUAUCUAAAUAUUACAACUUAACAAAUUAAUGAAAACUCGUUGUUUUUAUACAUAUAACCAUAAAUUGAAUAGAUACACGGCACCCGAAGACGACAAUCAGUUUUCGCCUUUAUAAUAUAUACAAUAUAUCCAAUAUAACAGUGUGAAAUUUAAAAUGUACGACCAACAAGUAAAAGCUAAUACAAUUUGAUAUAUUGCUCUGAUAUAAGUCAGAAUAGACGGUUUGUUUUGAUACAGAAAAAGAAAAUAUUUACCUGGGUUUUCGGCGGGUGAAUACUUAAAUAUUUACUUGUCCUUUGGGUAUUUACCCAACCACAUAUAAUGAUAUUUUAACCGCAACACGGUGAUGUCAAUAUUAUUAUUGUUAAAAGUCUCCGCGUAUGCACGCACGCAUAAUAAUUAUAAUGAUAACGCAUAAUAACUAUAGUUUUCAUUAAAAAUUAUUCGCGAAUGCAAAUCGUGUUUACUCGUGGUAAAAAUACUAAAUGCCCACGCAAUAAAACCGAUGUAUAGCAUGUUAAUUAUAUUAUAAUAAUAAUAUUACAUACGUGUACGUCGAUGUGAAUAUGAUAAAACCGCACGAUUUAUAUUCGCUGGACCGUAAAUAGGUACCUUGGUGGUGAGGUAACCGCCACCAUCAAUUAUUGCUUCAUUUUUGGUUGUGUUUUUUAAGAACGGUGUUUCUAACCCGGGCACUAUUGCGGUAUAUAUUAUGUACAGUGAAAGAGAAUAACUGAUAAAAUUGUGCUACUGGGACGAGAUUUUCGAAGCCGGCAAAGUGUGAUGUACAUCGCGGUAAUAAUCUUCAUGUAACGUUUUUUAACGAGUUGGCGAUCGCUGUUCAAUAUUUGUAUUUCUGUUUGAAACCGUAUAAGUAUAUACUGUGCGUUGGUUUAUUUUCGACUAUAGGUGAGGCUCCAGAUGAUAACUCCAUGUGCAUUUCCGUCGGAUAUUAUUUACGUUUCCACGUGCAGAUAAGUGCUCUUAACAAACAAAAAAAUAUAUAAAACAUGCCACACACCCUCUUCCCCCUUCGUAAUUGAAAACAGACGUGCUUGCGGCAGAUGGCCAAAACAUUUGCUCUCUUUUCAGCGAGCAUAUCCGGAAAAACGGAUUUUAUUCUCUCGUAUUAUAUACGCCCAACAACAUUUUGACGUUUCAAAAACGCUUUAAAAAAUAAUAAAAUCAACAUGUACGGAUCUAGGAAAAUGUCAAUACAAUAAUACCCGCAAUAAUAUAAUAAAAUUGUCCUUGUUAACGCUAUGCAAAAAUCGUUAUGAAUAGGCUGCUAUAAUAGUUGCCACUGUUGUUGCUGCUGCUGAUGUCGUUGAUGUGUAUAAUAUAAGGUCGUUCGUAUAUAAUAUUAUAUGGGUACGCUUUAAUAAUAUUAUUCAUAUUUUCAUCAUCACGCAAAAUAAUAACAAUAAAAGUACCUAUAGUUUAUGUUAUUGUUGUUGUUUUUUUUUUUUACUUUUCUUUGUCUGUUUAUAAUUAAAAAAAAAAAAACGUUCGGAAAUAUUCGAUUCCCUUAUAUUCGUGAAAUUUCAACUUGUGUUUUGUUACAGUCUCUAACAGAAAUUAAUUGAAUGCGAAUAUUGCAGUGAGGUGCCUGUGUGCUCCCUAUACGCGUGCCCGUAAAAACUCGUAUCUAUACUUUGUGUUGUUACAAUGACUUUUAUCUAAAUAAAAAAAUAUAAUAACAUGAUAAAAUACAAUCAAUUAUCGGGUGUAAGUACCUACACUCGGUUCAACGAUUAGAGAUGUCGAUUACAAUGAUUUAUUAUCUAUAGGAAAAAUAUACUUGUAUAACAAUUAUCGACAUAUCAAUAGACGUCCGUAAGCAAUUAUUGCAAUAGCUACCUACGGUAUAUGUUUUGUAUAUAUUUUAUUAUUUCAAUAAUAUAUAGUACUCCAGGAUGAAAAAAUUCAGGCUGGGAAAUUUGUUUUGUCAGGCCACAUUUGUUCAAUGCCUACUAGGCCGUAGCCGUACACAAUUUUCGGAGAAGGGUAACAUUUGUUUGUUUUUUAAUCUAUUUAUAUGACGUUUUUGCCACAAGAAAUUUGGGUGGAUCCCUGGAUUGUAAAAAAAAUACUAUUCAAGAUUAAAUAUCAGUCCACGAUGAUUGCAUUUUCUAUUACAAUUCAAUAGCACCUUCAAAACACGAAUCGUGAUUAUUUCAAGCUGAAUGAGAAUUAAUUUUUUUAUAUAUAUUAUUUUUCUACCUCAUCUUUUUUUAGGUAUAGUCAGUUUUAUUAGAAUUUUUUCUGAAAACAGAUACUAUUACACUGUAUUGCACUUGUUGUGUGUAUACAUAAUAAUGUAAAUAUCUUUUUUUCUGCUACUUUUAGCCUUUUUAGCAGUUUCCUGGACCAAAUGAGUUCAAACUCGAGAAUUAGAGUUGUUUUAUAUAAGUGGAUUGAAAUGAUAAAAGUUGAGUUGAAUUUCAAUAUUAAUUUAACAAUGUUGUUGCGAGAGUCUGGUGUUUUUUUUUAGCUCCAUAGACCCCUACGUAAUCUCCAAAUUAAAGUAGAGAGAUUAAAUUGUAUGUAUGCAUUCCGUUAGUAUCAAGGAAGUGUCUUUUAGAGAUUUAAACUUUCAAUCAUCACCCAACCACCGUAUACCUUUUUCAUGAUCAAAUUUUUUUCAUUUUUUUGAAAGUAUUAUUUUAAUACUGCUGUCAGAAUUAUUGUCUUAUAGUAUAGUAUAAUGUCUAGUUGUGUUAUAUUAUUAUAGUAUUUUCUGUAGCAUAGGAUUAUGAGAGAAAACCAUAAUUUUAUUUUAUGCAUUUACCUAUUUUUUUUUUUUUUUUAAUUAAUUUUAUUGGUGUUGUUUAACAAGUUUCUUUGUAGUUAAAAGUCAUGCCAUACGAUGUAAUAAUAAUAGUUAUAAUAUUGGGUUAUGUAUUGUUUAUGUUCUACAAUUAUAAAUAAAUAAAUAAUACUAAGUGGGGGGGGAGGGGGAAAUUAGACUCUAGUAACGGAGUACUGCUACUCAUAGGUGUUUUUAUGUAAUAGUAUCUUUCAUCAUUCAAGUAAUAAUACCAAAUACGGUAUAUUCGGUAUUUUUAUUAAUUUUCUACCUAACUGAAAUUAAUAGACAUUUUAAAAUUAAAUUUGAAUAUUACAACAUAUGUCGUAAACAUUUGAGUAAUAUAUUAUACAAUACGUAUUUCGUGCAAGUAGUGUUUUCUCGUAUAGUAAUAAAAUAUAAUAACUGUCAUUUUCACAAGAAUUGUACGUGCAUACUUUUGUACACUUAUAAUAAUUUUAUUUAAAAAAAAUAUAAAUAAAUAAAAAAAUUACACGACCCUAUUGUGUAAACGUUGAGAUUAGGUUGACAUAAUUCUUAAUGUGAAAAGUGUUGUCUUUGUUUUAAUUUUAUUUCAAAACGUUAUUGUUUAAUUUUUUACGUUGUAACAGUAUCUAAUAGUUCGUUAAAAAGUAAUAAUCAGUUAUUCGUUAAGGUUCAUUUCAAAAGAGAUAUGUAUAUUAAAAUCAAAUACCAGCUAUAUCGUCAUAACACUAAUCAGCUAUAUACAUUAUGUUAAAGUACUGUUAUAUGAUACAAAGAAUAAAAAGAUAUACGGAUACAUUUCGCACGCUGGGUCACCAAACGAUUCUGAGCGGAGUUCGGUUAUAAUAGUGUUACUUUGUCAACAAUAUAUGUGUUAUAAUAUGGUAAAAUAAUUUUGCAUAAUAUGCAUUGUAUAUUUUCUUUAAUAAUAUUUGUUUAAUUUAGUAUCUAUUUUCUGUUUUUCCCGGUGUUUUCCAUUUAUUGGGAAAGCUCCUGGAAUCAUCAAACAAUGAUCUCCCUAAGGUAUCACCCCCCUUCAGAUUUCCUUUCAAAAAAAAGUGCUAAAGUUGAAAAUCUUUGCGAAAUUGCCGAUAGAAAAAUUGUCCACAUAAAAAAAAAAAAUAAACAUCAUCGUAAAACCAAUACGUUCCUAGCUUCGCUCAGAAUCUCAAAUGGAGAUUUUGAUGCGAUAAAAACAAGCUGUAUGGGACAGAUGAGAAAGUGGAUGAAUAAUAUGACGGAAAAUCAGGAAUAAUAAGAAUCGUAAUAAACACCAGACGGAAGCUGGUCAGUGGGACACGUGUGCCGUGUGGAGAUCGAAACGAUUAUCCAGGUACUUGGACAAAUAACGAGAUGGAGACCCAUACGAAUAUUGAACGGCCAAGAGGAUAUUCUCGAUAAUAGGCCAGAAUAAAGGAAGAAUUAAGAUUGGUGGACGUGGUGGACUAUGAGAAAAAAACCAGAGAGAGAUGGAAAUGGCGUAUUGUCACGGUGAUGAUGGACAUUUUUCGUCGCUAUAGCAUCAUGUACUACAGUUUUCUUCUAUUAAAAUAAGAAUAUGUAUACAAAUGUAUACGGAUGCGAACGAAUUGAACUUGUUUGAAAAUAAAUAUAAUUCGAUUUGAAACAAUAUUAAUGCAAAUCCGUGGAAUACUAUCUAUUCCAAUAGAUUGUAUUAUGACCCGUUUCGGUAAAAAGAACCAGCGUAAACAAAUAUUUAUAAUGAUGUAUAUUAUAUGCAUCCGUCUGCAGAUUUAUAAUACAAACUUAGUUUAGUGUCAUUAUAGAGAGAAACGAAAAUAAUAUUAUCCGUAACCAGAUAUGUCUUGCGGUUAACUUUUUCUAAUAAUAUAAUCGACUGUCGUGAAAACCUCGUAGUUUAUAAUUCCCUUCGCGAUAUUGUUCGUCGUCGGUUUUAUUUAUGCGUAUUCCAUCGCGUUCAUUUGAAAUCCAGUUAUGAAAUUUAAAUAAAUGAUUACUUUUCUUUUAUUAUAAUUUUUUUUUUUUUACGGUUCUCGAGUUAAAUUGAAAGCGUUUCUUUAUUUCGUGAAACUCAUAAUAUUACGAUAAUGUUCACAGGAUAUUUGUAUACAUACCAAUUACAUUUAUAACCCAAAUCAACAAUAAUUAUUGUAUACAACCGGGGAUAUUUUUUAUUUGUAUAAAUAUUUCAUUAUUAACUCGGUUCGUUUUAUAAUAAUAUAAUGUGUUAUACGAGUCAGAUACCAAAACAGACUGACUGCGUUUCAAGAACGACCGGGUCUAGAAAAUUGAAAUUUCGCAUAUAUUAUUUUGGAAAUUCCCGCGUGAAUCUGUACAGCAAAACCCGAAAAUUGCUUAUAACUUUUACUGGUUUCCGUUGGUUAUAAGUAAGAAAAGACGUCCUAGUAUAAUGGGACGGGUGCAGCCACGGUUAGGUAAUUUAAUGUAUACUUAUUUAAGCAAAGAUAAACCAUUGCUAUCGAAAAAACGAUUCUGAGCGGAGUUCAGUUGAUAGUGAUAAUUUGUCAACAAUAUAAUAUGUCAUAUUAUGGUAAAAUAAUUAAAUAGACUUUAUAUAUUUUUUUUUAAUGAUAUUUGUUUAAUGUCCCGAUUUUUCCUUUUUUUCUCCGUUUUUUUUUUCGGUUUUUCACAUUUGUUGUGAAAACUCCUGGGAAAAUCGAAAAACAACCUCCCUAAAGUACCUCCCCACACCGAUUUCCUUUCAGAAAAGAUACUACAUUUAAAAAUCAGAGCAAGAUCUCUGGUAGAAAAGUUGUCCACAGAAAAAAAAAUGGUUUUUGUAAAACCAUAAGCUUCUUCGCUCCACUAAGAAUUUAAAAACCAAUCGUUAUCAAUAUAUUUAAUUUAGUUGUCUAGUUUAUUGAUAUUAUUGAAUUUAUUAUAGCUCGUAUAUUGUUAUUAUACGCGAGUAUUUGAUUUUUGUAUUUGCACGAUACAAUAAAAUUUCCGAGCCAAUCCGAUUUACUCUCGAGAUUAAUAAUUGCUACUAAACGUAUUAAUAUUUCUGUUUACUUGUGUAUACAAUACUAACUCAACUCAUUGUUCUACAGGACUUAUUGACUAUGCCAAAACAUAAGACAAAAUGUAAGUUAAAUAUUUUAUAAUUUUAAUCGGAAACCCGUUUUCGUAUUAGUUAUUAUUUUAUAGGUCAAGCAUUAUUAAUUGUUUUUAUUAUUAUUUAUUUGAUCAAAACAUUUUGAAUAAAUAUUAUUAAUAUGUUAUUAUACUAUUAUAAAAUAUAAUAUAUACGACAUUUAUAACCUAUAUAAUUCGUAUAAUACCGAAUCUUUGAUUUUUUUGUAGACAUUUUAAAUAUUCAACUUAUGAAUUUUUAAAUUGAUUAGAAUUUAAACCGAGUAAACAUUAUUAAAUGAUUAAAAAAAAAAAGUUUUUACUAUAGUACGAGUUUAUAUAAAAUUGUAUUGAAAUGCAUAAAGAAUUUAAUUUCUGUGCAACUGAAUAUUAUAUACGUACGCCGCUAAUGUUAUCUCAAAACCUAUAUCUGAACUAAAUUAAUUGUAAAUAGGAUUUAGAAAACAUUUACAAUUUUUUUAUUUUUUGUAAAAUGCGCAUAUUAUUAACUUUCCGCGUGCAGCAUUCCAUUAAGUCGUGUGCACAUAUUAUACGUGUAUAGUAGGUAUAUUUUUAAUUUAAUAUUUUUGUCUUAACGAGCGGAAAGACUAAACGUGAAAUAUUAUUCGUAAUUAAAAUGUUGCUAAAUUAUAACAAAAAAAGAAAAAUCGUUCCGAAAUCGUAAUUUAUUAAACACGCAAAAAGAAAACGGUAUUCGGAAUAAUUUACCGGCGUAAACCGGAGUGUAAACGAUAUUCUGUUGUUUUGCUACGCGGUAGUGUUUGGGCGUGGGUACACACCCAGACCCCCGGUAUCCUCGGUACAAAUCUCGGCUGCCGAGACUUUUUCGCGAUAUUCGCGCGACGAUUUAUUAACUGGAAAUACAGCAAAAAAAAGAAAAAAAAAACACCCGCAUUCGGCGGCGUCUCGAAUCCGCGGCGGUCCGUCCGAAAUGGCGAAAUAUAAUUUAUUUUAGUUUUAAAAUAUCGGGAAAAAAAAACAACAACAAAUUAAUAAUAAUGAAAAAAUUAACGACCGGUGUAUUAUAUCGUGUAUUGCGUAUUGCGUAUACGUUAAUAACGAUAUUACAAUGAGAGAAGCGUGGCGUCUCGUACAAUUUCUCGUUAUCGCUGACGAAACCGGGGUUGGCGAAACAAUAAAUAGGAAACGGAAACGCGCGGCCAGCCCUCGCCCGCCCCCGCGCCGCAGCCGGCUCGCGUUUCCCGGCGAUCGGAAACGGCGCCGCGCGGAACGUGCCGCGUCUAAAUGCGUUCUCCGCCGCCGUACGUUCUCGAACGCCGAGCAGCUGCAAAAGAUUGUGCGAUACAGUACCCGGGCCCCGGCCGUUUCCUCCGUUUUUCACCGUACAUUCGAACUGUACGACAAUUGUGUACGCACGCGAACCCGGACGCGAGACGCCGAAACGACAGAGAGAGAGAGAGAGAGAGAGAGAAAACGAAAAGAACGGGUGCGCCGCACUCAGGCGACGAAUGCGAUGUUUUUCGCCGGCACGCGCCGCGUUCCGUUCCGUCGACGGGCGUCGUUCGCAUCUGUCUCCGGCGGACGCACGUGCCCGGCACCUUUCCGGGGGAAGAAAACAAAACAAAAAAAUUUACAACCCUCUUGUACAGCCGCGUAAUAGCCGUGGGUGGUACCCGGGCAGCAUAGACCGCGCGUUUCACCAUGUUCGAUCGUGUGCGCGCGUACGUAUCGUUAUAUAAGGACGCGGCCGUCGGUCCGCGGGUUCAGUGCGAGUGUCGAGACGCGCGUCUAGUGGUACGCGCCCCCCGGUACGUAAAACAUCAGAACGGCGUCCCCGUGUAACCCGUGUUCAAGUUGGAACAGCUCGAGCGUCGCCGGCGCGGUCCGUUUCGAAGUCCGUGCGCGCACGAUCGACCGUCCGAAAUUCGAUUCGCGUGGUAGGCGUUCGCGAAGGUCGCGGCAACCGCGCCGAACAUGGCUUUGGUGUACACGGUAUUGCUCAUCGGGUUUUUUUUAUUAUUAUUAUUAUUUUUUUUUUUUUUUUCUUGCCCCACUCGACUCUGGCGCGUUUAUCCGACUUGACGAUUUACGGUUAUGGGCCGGCGACGAAUCGAUUAUUAAAAAUCUACGUAUAUGUAUUAUGUCGGAACGUCUGCUUUUCGCGUCACGCGUUACGAUAGUCACCGGCCAUUGUCUUUCAAUCGGUUUUGUACCGCGUACAGAUUAUUACGCGGUAUUGUUAUUACGUGGGGAGGAGGGGGGAAAGUCGGGGAAAUCGAGAAUAUCUCGGGAUAAUUCUGGAAUUUUGAAUUUUGAUGGCCCGUUGAGAUUUUUUUUUUUUUUUUUUAAUGGUACUAAUAUUCGUGACAUUGAAACUAAAUUAAAAUUUAAUAUUUACAUUUAUUACCGUGUAUUAUAUCUACGCGUAGAUUUACGUUGUGCAUCGAACUUUCUUAACGGAUUUGCGAUUCUGUAAUAACAGUUGUCACUGGUUUUUCGUUACAAAACUGAAUUUUGUGUUACCGACAUUUUCGUUAACCCUGUCGAAUAACCCAAAAAGUUUCAUUAAAUUGACCGAUCAAACACUAUCUUGAUGAUAAGUGAUAAGCAUAUAUAUAUAUUCAUUCGUGGUGAUAAGCUAUUUUUUUGUAUCCCAAACUAAAAUUAUUUUAAACUAAUGUUCCACAUCAUUUGUCGUAUUUCGCCUUUAUUUAUGUAUCUAUAACUAAUAAGAUUAGUGAUUAAAUGGUAGAGGCGUGACAUAAGGUAGAUACGUUGGAUCAAAAAUACAGUAGAUUAAAAAAUGAUUCUCUCAGAAGUGCUAUUUACAAAUUAUUUAUGCAUUAAUUAUUUAUUUUUUAUUUUUUUAUUUUUUUUGUUACAAAGAAUUCAAUAUUGUGAUAUAUUUAAACUCUUAUACUGUUCAAAGUAUUAAGACUUAUAAUAAUUAUUAGUUGGAAUAAAAUUUACACAUUUUCGUCAAAGAAUUAGUAUUGUUAUUUAUUCAAAUAGUUUUAUUUUUAUCUACUGACUUUUUAGACAUUUCAUAGUGUAAAUGUUACUUAUAUUUUGUGUAAUAACAUUAAACAUAAAACAUUUUAGUAUGGAAAACUAUAAAAAGUCAGGAAGUUUUCAAUUUCAAAAGAGUCGUAACCCUGAUGAUAUACCGGUAUUGGUUAUCGGAAAACGAUGUUGACAACUACGACCGUAUUAAUACAUAUGACGUCGGUCUUGUUUGUUUAGGUUACGGCUAGGAUGAUGGCGCCGAAAAUACAAGAAGAUGAAAACAUCGUCAACAACAACAACAACAACAAAACCGACGGUCCCGGAUUCCAACUCAAUAUUGAAGACACGACGGCCGUAGUGCACGGCGGGAAUACGGAUUCGAAUUCGACAAACAAUAGGUAUAUAUAAUACAUGUAUACACAAAAUACAGUGGGCCAAUUAUUGAAAUCAUAAGAUUAAUUCUCGCAUGUGAGUACGUGACUUUUACAACUCAUACUGGCAUUCUUAACGAAAUCGAUAAGAUUUUAUCACUUACCGAAUACGAUAAAAUAUGUAACAUGAAAUCAUUUAGAUUUCCGAAGAAAAAAAAUCUAGACUUUAACUACAAACAAUUUUGCAAAUUACGAAUUGCUAUUAUGCGAAUUAUCGCCGAUUCUUAUUUAUUAUCAUUCAUACACAUAUCUACUCUCCGUUAACGCCAAUAAUUGUGGCUAGUUUAUUGUUAGUUUUUUAAUAGUUUUGAUUUUGUAUGUCAUUCAUCUUAAACUGGACACAUGAAGUAAAAUAUCUCGCGCCGUCACCGUUAACAGAUAGGUUAUUAUAUUAGUGCAGAGCGAUUAAAAAAAAAAAUAGAAACGGGAAAAUGAUUUGAGCACAAUAGUAAAAUAUACAAAUUUUAAAUUGUUAAAAUUUAAAAUUUAUAAAUUGAUUAGAUGUUGAUAUAUGUGACCCUUUAGGCAUUAUCAUGUGAUAUAAGCUUGUCACCGACUUUGUAUCCAGUCGAAUAAUAGAGAAAUGUUUUUCAUUCGACUAUACAGUCGUGCAUUUUUUCAAGAAUAUACCAAAUAUUUAUUUUUAUGUAAUAACAUUUGUAUGGAAUGCGACAACGUUUAUCGCGAUAUUUUAGAGUCGGUCCACUAAUUGAAAUGGUUAAAAUAUAUAAUUUAAAAAAAAAAAAAAAAACAUUAUUGUAAUUCGUUCGUUUUUGUCAUUUGACUGUCAAGUCAAUUUUCCAGUAUGUCCGACGAGGAGAGUUACGAGUGUUACGGCGAGGGAGACAUGGAGACAUCAUCGCCCGUCACCAACGUGUUCACAAAGUUUGUAUACUCAUACUUAACGACAUCCGCAUAUUAUUCUAUAUGUUCCCAAGUCCAUCUGCGGUGGCAUCGGUUCCCCGAUGACAUAUAAAUAGCCUUAUCGACGGCCGCCUUAAAAAUUCUAACCGAGGUGGCGUGAUGCAUUUGUUAUCAUAAUUUGUAGACGUUACUUGUACUUACAUCUAUUAUUAUACUAUAUAUUUGAUAUCAUUUGUAUUUCCGCCACGUAUACCGAAAACGAUAUUUAUUUUUACUGUUUUACGGUGUCAUCGGUAUGACUAAUGACACUCACUGAUGCCAUCACAACAAAUUAGGAACACAUAGGCGUAUAAUGUAUAAAAUGGUGGCAAUAUUUUUAUCGCGCGGUAAUUGUAUUUCAGCGGCGUCGAAAGUCUGAAUACCAAUACGUUGGGUCUGAAGAGAAACACGUGGCUCAGGACGAGUUUGAGGAGAACGACAAACGGGAACAGGUACCCAUCCUAAAAUUACUAAUGAUGAUGUAAGGGCGUUAUGCGUUCGGAUGAAUUGCUUUUUUUUCCUCAAAAUAAAAACUGUGUGUUUGAGCGAGAACAGUUAGGUACAAUGUAUAGAGUGUAAAAGACAAAAUUAUGCGUAUAUAUUGUUUUUUGACAUCAAAAUCUAAAGAGACAGAUACUUACAAAUAUAUUUGUAUGUAGUUUGAAAUAAAAACAAAAAUUAAUGUAUUUUUUCAACAGGCAAAAUUUUAAAUGUACGAAAAUUUCAUUCAGAUUUUGGAAAAGCCACUCAUAACGCAGUUCUUAGUUAAUUUCCGGGGUGUUCAUUGAUGAGUUGUCAGUAUCAUUUAUGUUAUACAAUAUUGGUUUCGACAAAUCCAAAAAAAAAAAAUGAAACAUUUUUAAGGAAAUAUGGUAUCAAUUCCGGAAUUGGUAUUUAGCUAAAAUAUUUUUUAAUGUCCAAUGAAGUAGAUGUUGGUUUCAUAAAAUUUAGGUCGAUUUAUUGAUCUAAGAACAGACAUUGAAUUUACGAAUUAUAUACUUGAAACAUAGAUUUCAGAGGAUUCCAUUUUUCUUUCAUAUUUACGAGCAAGAAAACUUACAAAUGUUACAAAUAUUCGCUCAAACACAUUUCAAUAUAUUAAAAUUACUCUCCAAAACACAUUGUGGUAAAUUGCCCAACCAACAAUGCAAUUUUUAUAAACUCGCCGAAACGUAAACCGCCCUAUAAUUCAUUGUCAUUGACGAUUCCAUCGUUAGUUGUUUACGUCGCAUUAAUAUAAUAAUGUGCCGUUUGUAAUUGUGUUUUUCUUUUUUUUUAGUGCCGAAAUUCUACCGAAUCGUAAAUGGGGUUCAAUGAGACAUUCGUAAGCAUAUUUAAUGUAUUAUAUAGUUUUUUUUUUUUUUCUAUAUAUACUCUGUUCGACCGGUAAUUAUCACGCGUGCACGCGAGCUUUUAAAUUUUAAUGCUCCAAAUCGUUUUAUAUAGGUACAAACGAUUAUUUUUAGUAGACGCACACAGUUCACAGCGAGGUUCGCGUUCGUGACUGGACGUAAUACAAGUUUUAUAUUUAUUUCGAAAAGAAAUAUCGUGUAAACAAAUUGUAUUUCACUAUCCAUAGGUAUAUAUAAAUAUAUAUAUACUUUCGAUCCGUAUUGUAAUGUAUUCACGAUAAUGUAUAAAGAUUUCGUAUCACAUACGAUAUCGUGGGUUCGUUUCGUUUUAGUGCGCUGUAUAAGUAAUAAGUAUAGUAGGUAGGUACGUGAAUGGAAAUUAUGCACGAGGCACAUAAUAGGUAUAAUUUUUCAUACUUUUUACAUAGAUUAACAUCAGCCGCUGUGAUGAUAAAGCCGGUAGAAAACCGAGACGAUUGUUGGCUGUUUUCUUCUGUAAUUUUUAAUUGUACUCGAUUUACCGAGCGAUCCGUAAAUAUGUAUACACAUGUACUGUAUAUAGGUCUGCAGUUGUUGGUAGGUAUAUCGAAAGUCGAAAGAAAUAUCAGUUGAUCGACGAUGAAUAUCAUCCACGAUUAAUAGUAUGUCCGUGGAGCGCCACGGACAGUAAACGGAACGUGCAAUUUACUUGAAAACUAUUAAUUUCUGUAAUACUGAUGGUUUCGAUUAUAGACUUUCGGAUUUAGAUUGCUCGCCCCUUCUUUAUUGAUAAUUGGUCGUUAAAAAAAAAAAAAAUUAUAAUAACCGUGAACAGCAGAGCUAGUCGAGUUCCCCCCUUCCACCAAUUUUCUAUGUAAAACAAUAAAAUAAUGGAAUUCUAUAGAAGUAUAUAAUCUACAAAAAGAAAUUAAAGUAGGCGUGAAAAAACAAUGUUGAAAUUUUGGCAUACAAAUAGGAGAAACUAGGGUUAAAAAUUGAAACUCCCAAAAUGCGCGUCCUUAUAUUAUGUACUCUAACGCAAUACGUAUUAUAUGACAUUUCGUUCUCAUAUUCCUGUAUUCGGGGGUUUGCAAAAUUUAUUUAAAAUCCUCUGAGAAAAUCGAUGGUUCGUUCGUAAUGAGCUGUUCACUCUGUAUACAAAGUUAUUCUUGAAAGUUAUAAAUUAUUAUUGAGAAACAUCGACAUUAUAAUACGAGUUGAGUAUGUUUUAGUCGUGGUGCAGGUAUGUAAUAAUAAUUAGCGCUAAAGUUUGUGACCUCUAAAUUGGCAAAAAAAAAACGCCUGCUAGCUCCUUAUUUGGUAUACCAAAUAAUUUUUUUUUUUUUUAUUAUUAUUAAAUCGCGUGUGGGUUCGUCUCGUCGGCGGACACAAAAGAAACUAUUGUCUACAAUUCUAUAUUCGAAAUCGUGUAUCACACUGCUGCACUGCUAGCAGCAACAACGGCAGAAAAAUUAUUUUAUUAUUUUUGCGACCGAAGUUCGUACCUGACGCAGUCGACGCGAACGUUAAUGAUUUGCAUAGUUCAUAAUUCUUGACAGUCGUAUAUUAUUAUUAUUAUUAUUAUUAUUUGUUUUUUUUUUUUUUUUUUUUUUGAGGGAUCGUUUCAUCGUUUGUGUGUAAUUUGAUGUUUUGACUGCACGAAUGCCGAGUGGAAAUUAUAAUGUUCUCGCGAUUUAAGUACAUACCUACCGCGCAAAAACGAAUAAUAUUUUACUACUACUAUGUAGGUAAAUAAUAUGUUCUAAUAUCGCAGGAUUGUCGUUUACGUAAUUUAAAAUGUACAGUUUUUCCAUAGUAUAAUCGCGUCUAGUGUCGGCCGGUAUACAGCCGCGGUUAUAUGUUUUCAUUUCCGUGCCGUAAUAACGCGAAAACAUUUCACAAAAUCUACUAGUUUUUCUCUCUACUUUACGAAUAUUAUACCGUCCCGUCAUUUCAGUAAGGGAGACCUGACCUUUCUCCUCCUAUUUUUCCUCCUCGCUUAAUCGAAUAAACCGAUUUUUCGGGUAAAGUGCGUGAUGCCGCGAGAAGUAUUUUCGUAUUAUUUAUUUGCGUUGUCGUCAUAGUUACAUUAUAUUAUUAAAACGAAAUAUCGUUUCGACACAAGCGAAUUCUGUUAAUCAAUAUUUCUUUGGUCUCAAGGAAGAAGGGCUCAAAUAAAUUGUGCACGGUUUUAUUAUACAAGCAAAUUAAAUUCUGCACCAACACAUCUAAUUUCUAAUCACUAUUUCGGCCUAACACGUCAAAAUUGAGAUAAUGACAUUUGCUAAUGGUGUACGUUAUUAUUUAGAAUUGUUUUUACUAUACCUAUAUAUAACUUAUAACCAGCCUAUUUUGAUCUGUACAUUUUUCAAUAGACAGCGGCUUUAAAAGUGUUGUAAAAGACAAAUAUUUGUUCUUUUCUUAAUGCAACGCUGGCCUAUUUACAUAGGUGUGGAAUAUUCAAUAGAUUGUGUUACUUUUGCGCUGAGGCUCUCAAAUAUUCCGUUAUUGCUGAACAAAAACUACAUCACAGAUAUGAGAUGUCCUAAUUUUCAGCAUAACAUAUUGUGUCGGGAUAAACACACACUUAGCCAUUUAAACCAGAUCAUAAAGGGAAACGAAUUUUGUAAGAUAAAAUUUAAAAAAAAAAAUCACAAAAUUAACUUUCUUCCCUGGGACUAAAGAUUUGUAUUUACGGUUACCUAUUACAAUAUUGUAAUAUUGUGUAAUAUUUAUUCCGAUGUUCUCUCUAAACUUACGUAUAGUAUUUUUAAUCGUAUUCGCGCGUUUACAUCAAUGCACAACUCAACAAAGUGCAAUGGCUAGACGAUCUGCACGAUCUGCGGUGAACGAUAGUAAUAUUAUUUUCUUUUUCACGCGAAUUGCACAUAUAUAGGUGAUUUUUUUUUUUUUGUCACGAUCCUUAGAGGUGCUAAGACGUACUCACACUACCUUGUAAUUUGUACCUAUCCAUAAUUGUAGGCAAUAUGGGUAAUUGUCAGUCGUUAACUCUGUGGUGGCAUUCAGGCUUGAUAAAUAUUUAUUUUGGUUUUUUAUUAUUAAGUAUUUUAUGAAACCAUAUUUAUUACGUUUCAACAAUUUUUUUUCAGUAAUUGGCCUGGCGUCUGGCCUUAUAAAAUAUUUACAUACCCUUAUAAGAAACUGAAAUAGCGCCCUCCUGACGUUACAGUGAUUUUGUUUAAGCUUUAUUAUAAUAACAUUAUUUGCAAACCUAUGCCCAGUGCUUAUUUUUACUUCGAAUUAGUGUCGUAUAAAUUGAUUUUCAAAUCUCAACCCCUACGAACCUUUUUCAACGCAGAUUAGAACAAAAAAAAAAAUUUCUUUUUUUUUAAAUUAUAACAAAUUUCUUGUUCGUUUUUUCGCCUUUAUUUAUACUCCGGUCUAAACUUUAAACUGUUAUUACGAUGUCUUAUAAACGGUAUAUCCGAUACUUAUAGCGAUAUAUGCACUGUAAGCGUAUCAACAACUGUCGGCGAAGUAUUUUCUUUCCGACUCCGGUCUGAAAACCGGUAUGCUAUGUGGAUAACAAAAGUUAUAGUGUGUAUUUAUAAUAUGCAGUGUAUACGUGGAAGAAGUGUAAAAUGUUGAAAACAAUUAUUGUAAUAAAUAAGAUCGUUGAAUAAUAUCAGACAUUUUUUUUUCUGAUUAGGAUCUCAUAUAUAUAUAUAUAUAUUUGGAUGGGGAAUAUUUUGUCUACUUUGCUCGUGGAACAAUAAUUCUAUCAGAUCAGAUAUGCGAAUAAAAAAAAAAGUAUACGGUUUGAAUAAAUCCUUAUAGAUUUGUUGAAUUUUUUUUAGAAAGCUCCUCCGUGUACAUGAUAAUCGCUAGAUUCUACUGCAGGGUCGUGAUUAAAAAAAAAAAAAAAAAAUCGUAAAAAUCAUCGCGUACCUAUUAUUCGUACACGGCCAAAAACCGAAUCCGUGAAACUAUUGCCGUUUUCCCGUGCACGUUCGCCAUUUAAUUGUGUUAUAAAUAUCGCGUAUUUCGACGAUACUGUAUAGGUGUACAUUGAAAAUCGUUUAUUAUUGUCCGUCCGGAUGGAUGAUAUUAUUAUCUUUAGGUUCACGGGCGUUUGCGGGCGAAAGUAAUGCGGUUUUUUUUUUCUCGCGUCGAUUGUUUACAUUCGUGCAGCGCGCGGUAUAGGAAAACUACAACAAUUCUGUAAUAUAAUAAUAAUGAUAAUAAUAAUAAUACUCACAUACGAACGUUUUGUCAUGUUCCAAACGGUUAUUUUUUUAUAGGUACGUGUAUUGUAAAAACGAAAAUGAAAAAUUACGUAAUUUUCUCUCUAUUCAUAAUAUUCGCCGACGCACAACAAGUGCUGCAGUAUAUACACUAUACUUAAACACAAUACAUACAAAUACAUGUACAGGGCGAUUCUUUUGCGUCAUAAACCGGCGAUAUGAUUAUAUUGCGUGCACAUUUACGGAGAUUUCGAAUAAACUAAUUGAUUUCGGUUGCUUAUUGUUUAUAUUUAAGAGGAUGCGCCUAACGUGCCCCUUGUCCUUUUUCCACCAAUAGAUAUAUCGAUCAGUUCCCAACAAAACAAUUUCUAUAUCAUUAUGUAGAAUAAGCGCAAUCGACUUUCGGUCAUGCAAUGUCCGAUAUAUUGUAGGACAUUGGUUUCAUUCACCGAUUUGUGAUUCGGUGAUAACAAUAUUAUGUUUAUCGGUGAAAGCCCGGAACGAGAUAAAAAUAAAUUAAACAAUUAAAAAAAAACAAAAAAAAAACGUAAAAUUAUAACUAUCGAUGAAAGUUCGAACGGGAAUCAGAAAGCGAUGGGCCGAAAAGGAUAGAGAGAUUGAAUGAACGUGUGAUGAGAUGGUCUUAUAUGUGUCUUGUAAUUUUUCGAUUUAAUCAUUUUUUCUGGUAGAAAACGUCGUGUUUUUAUGGAAUAAUGAAAUCGUGAAAUUGUACGUUUUCCUACGUUUUUUCCCACUUAAGUGUUUUUAUUUGAAAAACGGCGUCGAAAAUCAAAAAAUUACCUCUCUGUAGUACAAUAUAGACAACUUGAGCUUUCGGAAAAGUUGGAGCAAGUUUACUUGGAAAAACACGUGUCCACAGAUCAGAACAAAGAAAAAAAAAAUUAACAGCAUUGUAAAACCAAUAACUCUCUCGCUACGCUCGGAAUCUAAAAAUGAUUAUGGGAAAAUUUACAAUGGUGACAUUUUGUAAAUAUUGUUGUAUCAUUCUAAAUGGUUCUCUGGACUCGGAAAUUUGCUCAAAAACGUUGUAGCCAAUCACUGAUUCGUGAUACAAAAAAAAACAUUACGCCGUACCUACUCCGUCGUUGUGUGGUGUACAUUAAAAAAUCGGUCUGAUUUUUUCUUCGCUUUUUCGAUUUUAUUUCUCGGGCCGAUAAUUUUCGCGUCGCUGCCGCUGUUCUCAGCAGCAGUUCACGCCAAAUACCGACGCGUCCUUGAGUUCAACGAAUCCGCGUCGGUGUAAGUGUACACCGUGACCGGAAUUCUUUCUAUAUACAAUACGAUAUAGUAUUAUAUCGUUAGUAUCUACCCAAAUACAUAUAUUAUGUAUAUAAUGUAUCUGUUUAUACACAGGGUGUCUCUGAACCGUGUGCCGCCACUGGCAUUGCCGUACUCUCGGGGACGGGGUGACCUAUAAUAACAAUAAUCUGUUAUUCGACGUCGUAUAACAUGCCUGGGUAAUUAUAGUAGGUAUGAUUUGUUACUGUGCCCGUUAUUUUUGAAGUUGAACGUUUUAAUUAAGGACCGCCGGCCGGAAAUGCGUUUCGACAGACACGCGCCUUAGAACAGGGUCCGUACAGUUUUUAGCUCGGUUGGAUACGAUUUACAUUUUCGCGCGAUGAUUUAUUUGUGAUUUGAUCGAAUAUCGCGGUGGACGUAAUGAGCGCCGCCCCGCGAUGACGAUUACAAAUAACGUAACGAUGUCACAGGAUGCCGCGACUAGACAAUAGCGCGCAGUAAAAUUGCAUUUUAGACCCUAUCCACGUUGACCAUACACUGUCACGUUUGUCGGGCGACUUUCGGACCGAACGCGUACGUAAACUGCUGUACCGCGGUAUUUCCAACGACAUUCCCCCUUAGGUAUAGACGUGUCGACAACGAUCGUUUUUCGGAGCGUCGUGCGCCACGGCUCUUGUGCGGGCCUUUGUCGCGGAAACACCGCGCCGCGUAGUGGCCGUACGCCGGUUCGUAAACACCCUGUACAUGUUGUUGUUGUUGUUAUUUACGACAGUAUAAUGAUCUGAAGAAAGAAACAAAAAAAAAACGAGGUUCGAGUGCGUAUACUAUGGGUGUUGUGCAGCGGUAAAUACUAAUGUGUAUAACGCGCGCCGCGAUACCAACGAAAUUAUUAUCCGGCGAACGUUAUGACCCAGUGAUGCGGUGAAAAAACAACCGACAAAAAAAAAAAAAAAAAAAAANUAUACGAUCUUGUGCGGGCCUUUGUCGCGGAAACACCGCGCCGCGUAGUGGCCGUACGCCGGUUCGUAAACACCCUGUACAUGUUGUUGUUGUUGUUAUUUACGACAGUAUAAUGAUCUGAAGAAAGAAACAAAAAAAAAAAAAAAAAUGAAAGGCGAAACCCGACGGUCGCUUAUGAACCGGAGGAAUGCUGCUGUAGCGUGCGGCCGGCCGUUCUACUAUGACCCGCGGAGCGAGACUGCUAUUACAGUGCUACGGCGCUGCGGGCCGCGUUGGUAUUGCAGUCUCGCAGUAGGUAACCGACCGUACUGUUCGCGCGGCGCGCCGUCCGCCCGCCCGCCGCAUUGGUUUUAAUUUUUUUUUCAUUUAGGCACCCGCCAUUACGGGCAGUGCCAUUACGGACGGUACGCGCGCUCGACACCCCUUCUAGGCGGCGGCGAACACGUGACACGCGUUCACAAACGUUCGCGUUCGUUUCGCCGCGCGUCCCUCUCCCCCGGUGGUCCGGCGCCCGUUAAUAAUUUCACCGACGCGAACGCAGGGGCGGCGGGCGCCGUUAGUCUGUCAAACCGUUGCGGCGUUAACGUCACCUGCACCACGCGCGCCGGCGAGGUCUCGCGGUUUCGCCGAUAACGCAGUUCCCGCGUAUAUAAAAUAUAUUUCAUUAUCGGGACAUGCCGUUACGGUCCUGCGGGUAGUCGACGACGGGAGACAUGAAACAGGAGUAUCGGUCUUCGUGGAGAAGGUACGUUUUUUUUUCGGUUUUUUUAAAAUUUUAAAACGCGAUCGUAUAGGCGCAAUAAUUGCCGGCCGACAGCUGCGCUCGCAGAAGGCUUAAACCUAAAUUCGUGUGUGUUUUUUUUUUUUUUUAUGAAAAUCGGUUAGGUUUUCGUAUUGUUAUUAUGUUUGCAAGUGUUGUCUAUUGUUGUUGUUGGCGUUUACCGUCACAGCCCGUUGUCUUGGUCGGUACCAUAUGGCGAAUAACAAUAAUUAUUGUUAUUAUUACGUCGUCGUCGCGAAUAGAAUAACUUUUUUUUUUUCUGUUCGUUUGUUUAUCGCGUUUUUACCGUACGGAUUCCGACAGGUAACGCCGCGUAAUUGCGAAAAAUUGCGAAAUUUCGCCCACGACGACCGUUGUGCGUCAUCGCCGUCGCCCCUGCAGUCACAGUCAUCGUUCUCGGUCGAAAAGACCUCGGUUCGAAAAAACGAUCGCGUGUGAUAAUUAUUAUAAUAGUGCAACAGGUGACUAAAAACUGUAGAAUAAGUCGCGUCCGAAAACAUUUUUCGAAAAACAAAUCGAACAGUAAUCGUCGUCUUAUAUAGUACGCGUCAAUACCGUCGGUCCGCGCCCGUUGCGCGGGUCCUGACUCUCGGUACAGUAAACAUUACACCUGUUUAACUUCAGGGUUUUUUUUUUUUUAUUUCGCCCUCCUUCUUAAUUAGGUCUUUUGACGAGCGCUGUUCGCCGUUCGCGGCGGGUGUUAUUUACGAAAAAAGAAAAUCGAUUUGCCCGGUGUCCUUGAAAAGAACUCGUACGACAGUAUUCAGAUUACCGCGGCCCGCAGGCAGACCGCAGUUUUAAACAAUAUAUUUAUCGGCAUUAUAAUAUAAUUGGUAUAGUAAUGUAUAAAAAAAAAAAUAAAAUAAUAAAACUGUCGUCAUUUCCAUACGAAACACACACCAUACUUGUACAACGCGGGCGAUAAUCGUUGUGUUUGUGCGGUCGAACAGUAAAAGAAAAAAAAAACCGUUUUUAAUUAUUCGAAAUCGUCCGUCCAAUGAUAGCGUAAUUUAAUUCGACGCGUAGGUACACCGCAUAAUAUUAUCGUUGCACUCCGGUUGCGCGGUGCCCUUCGGUAAAAUUGCUCGUAUCGUUUUCCGAACGCGUCCGAAUAAAAAUGCGCGCGCGCGAUUUCCGUAUUUAAUUUUACUCGAUAGCGUUCCUGCAGCAGACCUCUCGUUUUCGGAACGUUUCGCCGCGGAUCUCCAAAGAACACAACCCCUUCCGUACCUCACAGCCGUCACCGUUUCCGUCCUCGGUCCGGCCCUUCCAAUACGGGCCCCGCCGGAUAUAUACGUCCCUUCAGGCCUGACGGUUCGUGCCGCACCAAGUUCUCCCUGCCCCCCUCCCAAUCUCGAGAUUCGAUGAUAAUAUAUUGUGAUAUAUCACAAUAGUUACACCAUUCAUGGUUGUUCUCUUAUCGCGUUAUUAUCAAUUUGAACACGCGUGUAUUACGUUAUUAUUCGAACGUGCGCCGGAUGUUGCAAUAUUGUAUUGCCAAUAGCAAUCUCUGAAGUAUAUAGUAUACGGUAGUAGGUUAUUGUUCGGAAGUGUUCGAGUCUCGGUAAACUCGUACGGUUUUUUUUUUGCAUACGACCAAGUAUAGGAAUGUUAUUAGGUACUACUUCAGUACUUGAAGUCGAACACGCGGUGGUCGUUCGCAAAACUCGGCUUAUUUUAAUAUACCAACAGCGUAGUGUAUGUACAUUGCGAGUACAACGGGAAACGCGUACAGCGGGGAGACGUUACUGGGGUCUUUUAUCGAUAAACGGGCGGGCAGGCGGGUCGAAUAGUAUCGCCGGACUAGCUCGCGCGCAGGUGUCGUGCAAGGUCGCGCCGGCCACCGUCGCCCUGUAUAAUCGGUACGCACAAUCGCGCCGUCCGUUAGAAAAACGAUAAAAUAUUCGAAAUCCGAACGUUUAACUGCAAAUAUAUUACCGCGGUAAUGGAUAGCUAAUGAUAAUUAUUGCUGCAGUUAUUAGGCUCGUGAUACGUGUGCGUGGCAUUAAGAAAACGCCAUUUUAUGUAUUUAGCAUAAUAUUACGGCGCGUGUACCUGCUAUACUGUACUACUGCACAUAGAAAGUAGCUUUCCAUCAUAAAUAAUAUUGUAGUCACUGUUUGGUGUAUAGCUGCUGCUAUUAUGUAUCUAUUAAUGAAUAGAUAUUUCGGGAGAAAAAAAAAACGCGUUAUGGUUGUUUUUGCAAAUGCGCAUAUUAAGCGAAUUUUACUGCAGUGCAGCAGAUCGCUUUUACUUUUUUUUUUUCAUUUUUCCUCGAUUUCCAUUAUUAUAAUACCGAGGUUGUGUAAUAAUAGUAUAUAAUAAUAAUUUAAUUAUAAUUAACGAUUUGAUAUAAUAAAACGUCCGCGUUUGUUUUGUUUUUGUUUGUUUCGCACAGGUCUGGCAAGAGGAUCAGCUCAAACGCAUUAGCCAGGUACGGUAUCAACGAAGAUUUACACUUUUUCGUUAUACGGGGUGAUUUACGAUUGGGGACAGUAAUAUAGUUCUGGUCGAAUUGCACUCGGGUCAAAACCCGCGAGUAACGACGCGGGUAGAGGCUGGGGGGCUUAGCCCGCUAAACAUUUUCAUAUCUCCCUAAAAUAAUUAUAAAAAAAAUCAAUAAAUUAUUAUUCUAACCCCCCUCCUUUCCCGCGUAAAAUUCAAUAAAUUCUCCGCCUAUGAGUGACGGUCGAAAACUCGGGGUCAAAAGAAUAAUGUUUGAAAAAUAAAAAAAACAAAGGAAUACUUGACUUAAAAUCAAACUCUUAUCACUCUUACUCCCGUUUACAACCUUAGGAAUUUUCACCAGAUUAAAUUAAAUAUAUUACAUAUGUUAUACGGUGCAAUUUGUCGAGUUUCUCUUUUAUAGAUUUCUACAAACAGUAAUUAUGCGCGCGUUAAAUAAUUAUAAAAAUAAUUCGGCAAGUUCAAAGCAACGCUUUUUAAUUUUAUAAAAGUACCCAUGUAACAGAGAAAACUCAUUUUUAAGUACACGUCGAUGAUUAAACCGUAACCAAACCUUUUUUUCUACAGUGCAGUCCGACCAUUAUCGUUUUUUUUUCCAUCCCAAGAAGUGCAAUUCGACUAAAAUAAGUGCGCUUCGACCUUGUCCAUUAGCCCCGUCGUCCUUGUUCAAAUGGGGUUUUUUUUUUUUUAUUUGUUUUUGUCUAUAUCGUAUAUUAUUAUUAUUUUAUACUAUAGCGAACUAUACCGGAGUUCGAGUUUCAAUUCGUCCGGUCGGAGUUCCAUUUGCGAUACGCCCGACGAUGUGUACUCUGACACGUCCAUCGAAGAGGACGUUCUCGACCUCAACAAUAAGGUAUAAUACGACGGCAGCUAUUUAUUAUUUUAUUUUUAUUUUUCCGAAUACUCAAGUCGUGUUAGGUGUAUACGUUGUAAUAUCAUCUUAAGUGCCUAUAUAUUAGUAUUAUUAUUAUUAUUACAUUCUCCUUCACCUCCGCGUCCGGUUGAGACUAUACAAAUUAUAUUAUAUUGUUGGAACGGCGCGUAAACAUUUUCCAUACACGUCGCAGCGCGCCGUCGUCGUGUAAAUAAUAAUUUUUUUUUUUUUCUUACUGUAUUAUUCCUCCGUCGUGUUUCGGUGGAAACGAUUGUGUACGUCCGGAAAUUUUGGUUCACACGCAGUUUAAAUAAUAUUUUUAUUUUUUACGGUACGCAUAAUAUUACGUGUACCUGCCAUACCUGCGUACGUGAACUCGUUCGCGGGUUUACCGCACGACUUACGGCCAUCGUCGGUGUGUUUAAGUCAUAUAUGAAAAUCCGGCGUUAAUAACCGAUGCAGCUGAUAUUAUCACACGUUGGGCGAUCUCGUAUAAAGUAUUCGAAAACGGACGAUUAUAAUACAUGUAUUAGUUGCAACUUUACAAGGCGAAUCCUUUUUUUUAUACUACAGAGAAAAUAAAAAAACUACGUAUACUCACUCGCCGACUAUAGAUUAAAAACGCAACAAAAAUAAGGCGUCUUGUCGUUUUUCUAUUGGAGCAAUAUUUAUGGUAGAAAACAUAAGCCGUAAACAUUUGCCCCCCUUAGAAAAUCGAAAAGUGACUUCUAUAUAAUGCACCGGCUAGGCAAAAUUUCCUUUCGGGAUAAAGUACUAUGGACUUUGUACAUCGGAGCAAGAUUUCUUUUCGAAAAGCUGUUUACAGAAAACAGAAAAACACAUCAUAUAGUAAAACCAAUAUAAAAAAAAAAAAAACUAAAAUUAAUACAUUUUUUCCCGAACCCGAAAAAUUAAUUGUCAAUUUCUAAUGAAACAAUAUAUUGAAUUUUAAAACGCAGAUUUUUAUUUUUUCCACGUGCAACAUAAUAAAUUAUACGAAUUUUUCUUUUUAAUCGAACUGUAAUCAAAUGCUAAUGGGCCCAUCAAUGUGAAUUUACAGCUAUAAUUCGACUGGUUUUUAAAUGGCAUAGAUCUUGUGCAAUUAUGGUCUAUUGUGAAUGCAAAUUAAUAACAACAGUUUCAAGUCAUUGAUGAUGUAUUCAAGUAAUUACACGAUGUUGCUCGGCGGAAAAUCGUUAAUUUUAGAUUUAUUUUUAGGGUUGGGCCGAGCGAACGAGCGAACCAUUUGUUUCACGACGGUGUGUUUCGUUCGAUUUGUUUAUUGUAAUUUGCUCUAGAAAUAUUCUAAGCGUUCUUCGAAAAAUUACGGAUUUUUUUUUAGUUUUGAACCGGGAUAUAACCGACCAACUAUUUAUCCGCUAUAAAAACGCGUCCGGAUAAUUUCCGAUCGAUUUCCUGUGUCCCUCCUCCCUGCGGAAAAAUUAGUAUUCUCGUUUUAUUAUCGCCGUCCGCUUUGAGUCCGGAUAUUGCUAGGGCUGGAUUUUCGGAGCAAGAUUUCCGGCAGGAUUUUGAUUUUCUUGACCAGAAUCUUCUUCCGAAUUUCAAACUUUUUUGGAAGAUUAUUUUGUCUAAUUGGUGUGUUUUUUGAUUUCCGUAUGGGAAAGACCUGACAAAAACGGAUACGUUUACGCUAUAAAUGCAGAUUUGAUUAUUUUCGAUUUUGUUUUUUUAUUGUAAUUCGGUUAAAAAUUAUCAUAGUGAUCUGAUAUUUUGACAGAACACUUAUAUUUUUGUGUUAUUUGUAGACGUUUGAAAAUUUCAAGUUUUUUUUUUACAAAUAAUAAAAACUAACUUGGCUAUGAUUUUUUUUAUGCGAAAAUUUUUUAGAAAAAAAAAUUACAAGCUUCAGGUAUCGAAUAUCAGGUAUCUUCUAACCGAACUUCGCUCGGAAAUCGUAUUUCUUUAUAGUUAUGUAUAAUAACUAUAAUAGACUAUAGAUUACUAGGUCCCGACGCGAUAUCACAGUGGCGCUCACACUCCUUACCAAGUAGUGCAAUUUGUUACACGGGCGUUCGUGGGUGGUGGGUACAAAUUAAAAAUUAUAGCCGCAAGUCAUAUUAGAACAAUCCAAUUUGUACGUUUAUUAUUCGUGAGUGACGUGGGUGAUCAUUAUUAUUAUCUGCUGCAGGGAAUGAUCGGGCGCCACUAGCAACUUGCAUCGUUUCGGCCGCCCUAACGCGUUAGUCCCGGACAGUGCUGCGUGAUUGUAAUUCCCCCCCCCGCGAUUUUCGAUUAUAAUCGUUUAAUCGAAUACAAGAAAGUUGACGAUUUUUUAUCGAUUAUUCGGUUAUUCGAUCAAUCGAAAUAAUCGCGCAGCCCUAGUCCUGGGACGCGUGCUAUUAUCGAAAGGAUGAUUUCAGUAUUGAAUGGACGGUGCCGCGCUUUCGUGGCGUUUUCCCGCCGUCGAUUUACAAUAUUCAGAAUAGCGUAUUCUGCCGAGCGAAUUACGUUACAGAAAAAAAGAAAAACUGACGAUCCAUUGCAAUCGAUCAAAUAAUGUACACUUUUUUUCAAUUAUUAUUGUUAUAAAAUUAAUCAAAAUUACAAGGUACGCUUGUAUUACGUCUGCUGGAAUGGUACGCGUAGGAAAUGACCGGCGCUCGCGAUUUCGUUCUCCUCGUACAUGCAUAAUUCUUUUACUCCGCAACAGUCCGAACGGCGUCGCGGUCCGAACUAUUAUAUAGAUGUGACCGAAAAACGGUGAUCGGAAAAAAACUACACGGAAAAAAUCGACAAGUAAAAAAACGUCAAAUGUAUUUCACUUCAUAAGUACAAAUAUUAGUGGCCGAUUAUAGGCGGCUGACCACCGAUCAAAUAACUGCCGCUAUAUUAUAUUCCAAAGGCGCGCCUUGGAUUUUUUUUUCUUGGGGGGGGGGGGCGGAAGAACUAACUGUAUUAUUUCUGUACAAUAAUAGUAUCCGAGCAAACAUUAUGCGAAGAAUAUUUAACUGGGAAAAGAGAUGUAUACAACAUUUUUUAUUAACCAUAUAGCAUUAUAGCAUGCGAUAUUUAUGAUUCAUUAUUAUUGACUUUGAUUGACUUAAAAACCGAUAUUAGUGAUUUUUAUAUAAAACGAAUUUGACGUAUUUUACCCGUGUUGUUAGUCUUUUCCUGGAUUCGUACAUAACAACCCGACGGCUUAUCGUUAAAGUCAGCCGCCGUUUACCAAACAUGCUAUGUUUACAAUAUUAUCACAGUAUAUUUAAUCAGAUGAAUAAUAAUAGUCAGAACAGAACCAUUGAUUAUUAUUUGUUAAAGUUUUUCAUUGAUCCGUAAUAAUGCGUAUUGUAUUGCAUUAUCUAUUAUUUUAGUUUUGUAAUAAUAUUUACUUUUUUCUGUCAACUAUUUAAUCGUACCUGCAGCCCGUUCGUACAUCCAUAUGCACGGAGCUUAAUGAAAAAUAUUAUUUACUCGUUGCGCCAUUAUGUAUUUUUAUAGGCGUAUUUUCGCGAGUCGUUUAAGCGCAAUAGUAAUCAUGAUUAAUAAACAAUAUGGCAUUAUCAAUGUGCUAAUGAUAAAAAUAAACGUAAACAUUGCCUGCUGGUGUACAGACGGGGGAAGCCGUAAUAGUUUCCGGAAAAUAAACGACCACCGAACGUUAGAAAUCUAUAAAGUAAAUUUAACCGACAAAUAAAAUAACCAAAACAGAAACAGAAUAAUUUCAGAAUGCGUAUGUUUACUGAAUGUAAUACCGGUGACUGUAAUUAUCCAGAAAAAAAAAAUGACCAGAAAGUAGGAACUAAGAAAACAAAAUCGUCAUAUUUUGAUUAUUUGUUGUCAUUUUUAAAUUUUUAUAAUAUCCGCAAUGAUUUCCGAGAAAAUCGAAACAAAUUUAUAAUAAAGGUCCACACUGACUGUACCCGUAAUAGGGAUACUGCACCAAAAGCCGAGAAAUAAUUUUUAUCGGUAUAUUACUUUCUGGAUUUUUAUUGUUUAUAGUUUUUUUUUUUUUUUUUCUGUUGAAAUAUUUUACGGAUUCCUAAUUUUUGUAAAUCUCUACUUUCUGGAAACCCGCACGCUAUUGAUUUUAAUUCUGACGUACCGUAUUAUUAUCUGGAUUUUUACGUUCUACGGAUAAUAUACGUUCCAUAAUCAGUUUACAUUCUGUAUAAUAUUUAUUUUCGUUAAUUUCGUUUUCGGUUGUAAUAUUUAACGGGAUUUUUACAAUCUGGCUGGCAGCUUUGAAUUCUGUGAUUUUAUUUACUGUAUAUUUAAACGCUCUGUCAAUCUGAUGGAAUCCCGAUGGUUUUUUUUUUUCUGUCUGGAACAUUGUAUAGAGACCCAAAGACGGCUCUCUAUUCGUUGUGUGUAUCCGGACGCACCACACGUCAACAAAUCGUUCAACUUCCGGCGCGAUUAAUCGUUUAGAACAGCGGUUCUCAACCUGUUCGUACCGUUAACACACAGUUUGACAUUUUUCGCGUACCACUCGAUACGAUUAUUCGACCUUUUUUUUUUUGUUCACUCGUCGGAAAAUGAAACGUGUACGUAGUUUUUCUACUAUUAAAUCUGCGUAAUAUUAUACGGCCAUUUUAAUACGCGGACGUGAAAUUAAACAUGCUAUAGCUCCAAGUUCUGUGAACGUCUAUUAUGAACCAACAAACUGCAUUAUCAUAACUGAUAACAAUGUUCGUAUUUUUCUUCUCGUUCGUCGAAACGUUUCUCCUCCUCGCACCACCCAUGAGCCAUCCGAGCGCCACUAGCGGGUACGCGUACACCGCAGGUUGAGAAUCGCUGGUUCAGAAGACGCGACGAUACAGCGGCCAUAUUAAUGGCCAUGUGUACACCGUGGCCGCACGUCGACGCGGCCGUUUCGAAUCGCGCUCGGCUGUAAUAUUUAUUGUCGCGUACCCGCGCACGUGUGUUGGCUUGCGGGGGACCAACGCGGCGUCGUCGGCCGCGAUAAAAGCUCAGCGCGUCGCGUCAUCGGUUAACGAACGUUAAUGUGUCGACUCGUCGUAUACAGGGUGUACCAGUAACAGACGGUGACCCACGGAAUAGAUUGUGGGAAUAAUUUGUUUUUUUCUUUUUUUUUUUUUCAUCCUUAUCGUCGUGAUUUCGCGCGACACGUACGUUCUUCAGAGAAAUCGAACGCUGUAUUUCGUUUUGAACGCUUUAAUUUAAUAACGUGAUCCGAUCAUAUCGAGAAAAAAAUCCGAUAAUCGUUUGAAACGUCGGAGAAUUUCGCGGAAAAUUCUGCUGCGGUUUUUUUUUUUUCAUAGACAAUUUACGCAGAAAUCCAUACAGGUUUUAACAUUAGAAGAAGAAAAAAAAACUGUAUACAGAGUGAUUUUUUUAUCAUGAAUCAGCAAUUGUCUCUGAGGGUUUUAAAUGAAUUUGAUUUCUGUUCUAUCUAAUCAUUAUGGAACCGUUUAAGCUUCAUUUUAAAACCAUUUUUAACUUUUCGCCUCUACUUCAUAUACCUUAAACAAGUGUAUAUACUUGCCUAUCUAUAACUAUUCCCUACUCCUCCGGUCUAAACUUUAAACUUGUAUAACUCGGUAAACGGCAAAUCUGAUAUUAAUGUUAUGCACAUCAAAAUUUCCAGAAAAAUAUUCUUUAUUCAAAUCUGUGUUCAAAAGGUUGGGAGAGUGAGUGGUUUCCAUUUGAAAAUCAAAAAUAUGCCCUUAUUCAAGGUGAAUGGAAUAGGGGUAAAAAUUUAAAAACGGUUUUAAAAUAAAGCUUAAACGACUCCGUAAUGAUUCCGUAAAUCGAAUUCACUUAAAAUCCUCCGAUAUAAUUACCGGUUCUUAAAAAAAAAAAAAAAUUAGCCCAGUAUAACCUACAGAGUACGCAUCUCGUAGAGUGCGCCACUUGUUUUUCCAAUACGCUCUGUAUAGUGUAAACACUUUGAGUAGUUUAUUAUUAGUUAUUCAGUAUUAUAUAAAUACGGUAAUAAUCUUGUAGUAUAAUUAUGUGGUAAUAAACGAAACGGUGUUUUUUUUUUUUCGUGUCUAAAUUUUUUCCCCGAUCGUUUGUAGUCUGUGCGCGGAUCCCGAUGCCGUCGCUCGUUUGUCGCCCACAAAAUCGGCGCGUAACCGUUUUCGCCCGGGUAUUCCCGUUUUCGUUUUAGAAUUUUUCGCGACGCGUCCGGACGUUCAAUCCCGACAGCGACACCGUUUCCGGUACGGUUAUAAUAAUAAAAAUUGUUGCCGGCCCCGUGGAAACGCGCGCGCGUACCUUCGUCGCCGGGCCCCGUCCGUGGGCGGUCGCUUAAAAUACGAAUCGCGAAAGAUUUUCGCGGACGAAUUUUCUGACCCGCGGCCAACGAAAUAUUGUAAUAACCCCUGCGGGCCGUCAUUACCGUUGUUGUUGUUGUUGUUGUUGUUAUUAUUAUUAUUAUUAUUAUUAGAGUAUUACGCGCGAGCAGUCGCCGUUUCGACGCGCUGCCGCAACGAGCGGAGUGCGAUCAAAGUGCAGUAAAAAAAAAAAAAUUACUAAAUAACAAUAUCGGUGGAGAACAGUUAGCGCGCGCGCACACACGCACACACACACUUAAUAAUAAUAAUAAUUGAUUCGGCUGCUAUCGGUACCGAGAUAAGCGCCAAAUGGCUUCUGCUCGGGCAAAGGGGCCAAAAGGCCGACGACGGCCGCCGCCGCCGCCCGGACACGUCGCAACAACAGCAGCGGUCGCGGCCGUCAUUAUAAUAGUCGCGUGAAUACGUAACGGCGCGCGCGACGCACAACGACCGCCGCCGUCCGGGAGCCGUUUUUUUUUUUUUUACACGCAUUAUGCUAGUCAUGUCGUCGCUGUUUCCGCCGCCGUCCGCCAAGAAGAUAAACGUCGCCGAAAUCGCCGCGGUCGAGAACUGUUGCCCCGAACUCGAAUUCGACAUGUGGGACGGCCAAUUCGAGUUCGUGGGCAACGCUUACCGCGACGGCGACGGCCCCGCAGCCGCCCGCGACUUUGACGGCGACCUGUUGGAACUGCCCAAAAUCUCCGGAAAACCUCAAUCGUUUUGUGGCGUGCAAAAAGUAAUUUCGCCGUCAUAUGCGUUUUAUUAUAAUUUUUAUUUAUUGUUCAAAAUUUUCAUUUAUCGACAACACGACUGCGGUCGCGUGUGUGGUUUUUUUUUUGUCGUUUGUCACGCGCCCCUGAUGGUUUUUCUAUUUGUUUCCAUUUGUUGUUGAUGUUGUUGUUGUUGUUGUUGUUGUUGUUAUGCAAUUAUAUAUUAUUAUAACGUUGUUUGAUGACUUUCGUGUAUUACACGCGUACAGGUACAAGUGCUGCAAAAACAGAUGAGCGCUCUGGCCGACAACCAACACCUGACGGACGAACGGUACGCGCGCACCAAGGAGGAAAACGCCGCGCUCCAGGCCCGCGUCCACAUGCUGGAGGAGCAGCUCCGCGACACCGAACUCAGGUGCGAGGAACGGUUGGCGUCCGAGGAGCGCAGGCACAGGGAGCUCGUGACCCGAGUCGACAGGGAGAAGCAGUUGCAUGUCGAUAACUGUGCCAUAAGGUUAGCAUUACAAUUUUUGUAUAGUAAAGUUGUUGGUGUUGUCGUUAUCGUUGUAUAAACGGGCCGGGUUUCGGUUGUCAUAUAAUAAAUACAGACUUCAGAGUAUCGAGGCGGCCAACGAUAACCUGCGGGUGGAGGCCGAGAAGUGCAAGUCCGCGUUGGAUCUGAUGCGGAACGAAAAAACGUUGUUGGAACAGCGGGUAAGCGAUCUCGACGUGGGCGCGCAGUCGUUCAAAGACGAGAUACGCCUGUUGGAGGCGGAAAUCAAGAAGCUGAAACUCCGGGAGAGGGACAACGAAAAAGUGCGUCCGCGAUGUGCCCGCGUAUACACCAGCCUGUCUAUGUUGUACAAUCGAUGCUAAUUGUAAUCGUUUUUUGUGUAUUGUGUGCGUUUGCAUGUAUAGAUCAUCGACGGUCUGACCAAAGAAUUGGAAUUGUCCCGGCUGGAAAAAGAAGCGAUGGUCACCGAACUGCGCGCGCCCUCGCCGUACGUCACAGAACUCACCGCUCAGCUGGAGUCUCUGAAACACCAGAACCGAUGUAAGAUUUGCCGUAGUCUUGCGUACGGUUGUUCGUUUUUUUUUUUUUCGUUUCGUAUUUAUUUACAUUUCUCUUGUUCGUCGUUUCAGCGCUUAAAGAUUCGUACGACGAACUGCAGGCCUCGUCCAUAGCCAAAGGCAUAGAGAGAGGCAGACUGUUGUUGACAGAGUCGCCGAGCCUCGCGUCCGAACUCGACGGAUUGACCCACGACGACGUAAGUGCACAAUACGAUACGCACAACUACGCGCCUGCGCGAUAUAAUAAUCGAAAAUUUGAAAUUCGUUAAAUCAGCGGUAGGAAAAAAAAAAAAACGUGUCGUCCUAUUAAUAAUCUGUUGACAAUAAUAUUGCGAAAAAACAAAGCUUAAAAAUAACAAUUCGUACAGGGCAGAAAAAAUUCGAUCAAACGAUUAUUCGGAAGAAUAUACACAUAUUAACCAGGCGAAACGCUAUACUAUUAUAAUUGACCAUGUACAAAUUAAUAAAUACCAUUAUUAAUAAUUAUUGUUAUUACUAAUGUAACGAACACACACGAGCAAACUAUUACAACAUAAUUCACUAUAGACGUCUUAAUCGUUUUGCCAUGAUUCAUUAUUUAUUUUUACGUUGACAGUACACUUAACAAUAAUACUAUGAUAAUAUGUGUGUACGUAUAUUAUUUAUUGUAAUAUACACUUGAAAAAAUAUAAUUUUUUAUUUUCAUUUUUUUUUUUUUGCUCGUUUUCACAGCACAGUCCCUCGUCUUUGCAAUUAAACAAGGUAAUUUUCAAUAUUUUUGGUUUCUAAUAAAAUACCUGUAUGCGUAUGUAUAAUACUAUAAUAAUAAUUGAUCGAAUUAACAGUGAUUGGCUUUUGUAUUUUUUUUUUUUUUUUCUUAUGUGUUUUUACAUUUUAAUCGCAUUUGGUUUAAUAUUAAUCUUGUAGGCACAUGUAUAGUUCAUAACGGUGUCGACUAAUAACCAUUAAUAUUAUCACUAUUAAUAUUCGCUGUUCAAUCGUUUUUCAUUAACCAAUCGAUCAAAUUAUCAUUAUCAUAUUAUGUUACUACUAAAUAAGCAUGUCCGUAAAGCGCUCGAUCUUUAUCACUUUCUGUACGCGGUCAAACUCUCAAUGUCGGAUUCGUAAGAGAGAAAAAAAAAAAAAGGGCAAAUACUGAUGAUGGGUGUAACACUGUUCUAGGCGGGAAGUUGUAAUGAGGGAUAUCGGAAUGUAGAGUAAUUUAAUUUUCAUCUAUAAGUACGCAACUGUAAACAAUCGCUUACAAAAAACGAUUCUGAGCCUAGUAUUAUUAGUCGUAUUUCCCCCCUUAUUUGCCAAGGUGACCCAGAAAUUAACAAAACUUCUACAAAAAAUUGCUGGUUUUUUUUCAUUUACAAGAAAAUAUGUAUACAAUUUUUUGAGAGCCUGAUUUCUGGUAGAAAAAUUGUAGACAGACAGAAAAAAAAACUGUAAUAGUAAAAUGCAUACAUUCCUAAUUCUCACUUCGCUCAGAAUCUAAAAGAUUGGAGGAAAAACAACUGUAUCCCUAUGAAUACGUGUUGUAAAAUCACUUCAGCUUCUUGGUAUUUCACCUAUUAUAACCUUGUUUUACCUACCUUUUUGUGUUUCUUUACACUUCAACAUGUGGUUAUAAUAUAUUACUUGAUUAUAAUUAUCUGCAGAGAUAAAAUACCCAAGUAUCAAAAUAAGCAAGGUUAUUAUUUUAUUUUAUCACCAAACAAUAAUAUUAUCAACAAAAAUUUUAAAUUAAUUUAAAUUAAAUUUUUCAAUUGUUUAAAAUAGUGUUUAAUGAUCACAUUCACACAUUUUGAAAAUAUUUGUAUGCUAAUAAUAUCAUAAUGUACAUACAUAAUAUUUUUGCGGAUUCAAGUGAGAAGAUAAAAUCCAAUUAUCAGUUAAAAUAUAUUUAAACUAUGCUCUAAAGUCCAAAGUAAAGUAGUCACUUCAAUUUAUAAUAUCGUUGAUUAUUAUCAUGUUCAUACGAGUCUCUUAGGAAUGUUUGAAACACUCUCAAAAAAUUACCUAAGUAUUCAGACCAAUAAGAUAUGACAGACAAAUAUCGCUAACUUAUACUACUUGUAAUAAUACUAUAUUUGUAGUUUUAUCAUGUUUCAUAUGUGCUUUGCAUGUGUACUAAUUUUUUAAUAAUUGUUUGUUUUACAAUAUAUAUAUAUUAUUGUUAACUACAUAUUUUUAUUACAUUUUAUUAUUGUUUUGUUAUUAUACUCGCAUUAUCUGUGGGUUUAUGAUGGAUCGUUUGAAUUGCCGUUAAAUAUAUAAUAUUUAAUAUCUUUUUAUAUAACAGUUUCAUAUCAUAUUUUCUAUUUAAUUAUUUCAGAUGAAGACCGCUCUGAAAGAUCAACAAGAAGUCAACGACCAGUUGCGCACGUAUAUCGAUAACAUUCUGCUGAACAUUGUCGAAAAUCAUCCUGAACUAUUGGAAGUCAAACAAAACUUAUGA